AUGGGUGAGCUGUAUUGGGACAACGCGGGCAUUCUGGUUCAACCCUACGGCAAAGAGUGGCAAAUACGUCGACGCAUGCUGCAUCAAGCACUGAAUCCAUCGGCACUGAAACUAUAUAAGCCUGUCCAGGAGGCUGAGGCAGCGAGGUUAUGCCGGGCACUACUCGACCAGCCAAAAUCGUACGAAGGACUGAUUGAUCGUUUCACAUCGAGCGUGGUUUUCAGCAUUGCAUAUGGUCAUCGAAUUGACUCUAUGGGCUCGAACGUCAUCCGGCAGCGUCUUGAGUUCAUGAAAUAUUCUGCAUCUCUCAAUGUGCCCGGUAGAUAUCUUGCCGAAUCGAUUCCGUGGCUCAAACAUGUCCCCAACUUCUUGGCACCAUGGAAAGCAGAGAUCCAGCGACAUGGGCGCGAAGAAGCCGCAACAAACGUUGCACUCCUACGCCGAGUUCAAGAUGAGCUUCGUACUGCCAAAAGUCCCUCGGACGUGCCGGACUCUCUAUCCAAACUGCUCCUCGAAGCCCGCGAAGCAGACCCGACUACAUUUGGGGUGCUCAGCGAAAGGGAUUUCUCAUUCGUGCCAGCAUCGCUGUUUGGAGCUGGCAGUGACACGACCGCGAGUACCUUAUGCAGUGCAAUCCUCAUGCUCGUGACAAAUCCACAUGUGCAAGCAGCCGCACAUGCAGAACUUGAUCAUGUCGUGGGGAUGACACGCCUUCCCACAUUUGACGACGAGAAGGACCUCCCAUAUCUCAAAGCUCUCUGUAAUGAAACACUACGCAUCAGACCUGUAGCUGUUCUUGGAGGUACACCGCAUGCAAACUCGGUUGCAGAUACCUACAAGGGCUACUACAUACCGCAGGGCACGACGAUCCUCUCCAAUUCGUGGGCCAUCAACCUCAACCCGACUUAUUAUCCGAACCCGCAUCAUUUCAAUCCGCUUCGCUUUCUAGGAGUCGAUCCCCAGACUCUCUCGUAUCUCCCAAAGUUUUCAAUAGAGGACUUCGCCGAGAUGUCUCCACCCCAAUCCCAUCCUGCGAAAGAGGGACAUAGCUCAUUUGGCUGGGGACGUCGAAUUUGCCCAGGAGCGGGGCUAGCACAGAACUCUCUGUUUAUUGCAUUGGCGCGACUGUUAUGGGCUUUUGAAUUCAGACCAGUGCGCGAGGAUAAUGGUGCUGAAAGAAGAUAUGAUACCUUUGCGUAUACACAAGGCUUUAACAUCCGGCCUCAGCCGUUCGAAUGCGAAGUCCAUGUGCGGAGCGAGAAACAUCGACAAGUGUUGAUGGCCGAAGCCAUUGGUGCUGAGAAUGUGAUGGAUCGGUUUCCUCCCUUUGAAGAAUAG